UCUAUCUUAAAGAACUACAGUGUUCUCUCCUCACCAUCUCAGCUCUGCAACCAAACAGUAUGGGGCUGUGGACCAUCUUCUAUGUCCCUCUCCUGUUCCUCCUCUACUGGGGUCAGAGGUCAGGCACUGAUAAUGAGAGACCAUCAUGUGGACGCUGUGACCUACAGUUCUUCUGUAAUUGCUCCCACGGCGGGUUCAUCCAUGUUCCUGUGGUAACGGACCGUGCCUUGAGCCUUGAUCUGUCCUUCAACAACAUCACGGAGGUGGCUGGUGAUGAUCUGACGGGACACGUGCAGCUGAGGGCUCUGAGUCUACACGGUAACAGUCUAGCUGUGAUCCAUCCAUCGGCGUUUGAUUCUCUUUGGAGUCUGGAGAAUCUGGAUCUGUCUGAUAAUAACCUGACUGCUCUCAACCAUGAAUGGUUCAACAAACUUGUAGCUCUGCAGCAGCUCAACCUGCUCAACAACCCGUACAGCUGCCUGGGGUCUCUCCCCAUGUUUCAGAGUCUGGUCAGACUGAGGAGGCUGGCUUUUGGAGGUCCUGCUCUGCAGGAGAUAAAGAGAGGAGAUCUGUCAGGGGUCACAGAGCUGGAGGAGCUCACUCUACGUGCCAAUUACCUUGAAAGGUACGAGUCUGGGGCUCUGGCAGAUAUAUGGCCGCUAGGUCGUGUCACUUUGAGCCUCCAUCAUCCAUUUUUAACAAACACAGCCUUAGCUUCAGCUGUGCUCGCUGAUGUAUCGUACCCAGACACAUCCAUGGUUCUGGAAGACCUUCAUCUGAUGGGGAACGAGACUAUGAAACCCUUAACAGCACCAGCCAAGAAGAGAAUCAGAACAGUUACUCUCAGAAACGUGUCCAUAUCCGAUAACACUAUCGUUGACCUUCUAGUGGUGAUGGAUGGAGUGCCGCUCACCUCCAUUUCAGCAGAGGAUGUCACACUGACAGGCGAGGGCAGGUGGGAGAAAGCUAACCGGACAGACCACAGAGGCCUCGAUGAGGCUUUUAUACGGAACGUUGUGGUGCUGGAUGUCUACAAGUUUGUUUCAUUUUUUCAGCUGAGUUUUUUGCUGCGGUACCCAAGGAAGGUGUCUGUCAUUAACACACAGGUAUUUGUGAUGCCCUGUUUCACAUCCACCUUGCUGGUGAACCUGCAGUACCUCGACCUGUCUGACAACCUGCUGACUGACCUAACUAUUGCAGAGUCACUGUGUUAUGGAGCAGGCAUACUGAAGGGCCUACGAGUUUUGAACGUCAGUGGAAACAGUCUAAAGUCAUUUUCUACAAUGAGCCGAAUGGUAACUAAGCUCUCCAAACUGACCCACCUGGACAUCGGCAGGAACGGAUACAGCUCUAUGCCUCAGAACUGCUCCUGGCCACACACCCUGAGAUACCUGAACAUCUCUGGGGCUAAACUCACAGCCAUCACCAGCUGUCUACCCACAACCCUGGAGGUGCUGGAUCUCAGCAACAAUGAUCUCAAAAGCUUCUCCCUGGACCUGCCAGUUCUGAGAGAACUCUACCUCUCUGGGAACAAGAUUCUAAGUCUGCCAAAUGGACAGCUGUUCCCUAAUCUGCAAACACUGAUAAUACAGUCAAACACCAUGAACAUGUUUGGGCAUUCAGACCUCCAGUCCUACAGUCGACUCCAGAACCUUCAGGCGGGUCAGAACAAAUUUGUCUGCUCCUGUGAUUUUGUCAACUUCCUCCAGUCUGUCUUCAAAGAUGCUGGAGAGGUUCGGAUAACAGACAAAAAGGAGAGCUACGUCUGCGACUCCCCUCUGUACCUGCAGGGGGAACCAGUUGGUAGGGUCCACCUCUCUGUUGUUGAAUGCCAUCGGGUUUUGUUCGUGUCUGUGAGCUGUGGUGUGGCACUGUGUGUUGCCCUGUUGGUGAGUAUCCUGCUCUGGCGCCUCCAUGUAUUCUGGUACCUCAAGAUGACUUGGGCGUGGGUAAAGGCGAAGAGGAGCAGUCGACGACGAAGAAAAAGGGAUAGGAUGGAUACAGAAGCAUUGUUGUCCUUUGACGCCUUUGUGUCCUACAGCGAGAGGGAUGCUAGCUGGGUGGAAAACUACUUGGUACCUGAACUGGAGGAGCCAAGAGAGAACAUUGGAGACUCCUUAAGUACCCCAAGCCCCAGACCUCUGACCCUGUGCCUCCACAAGCGGGACUUCCUUCCCGGAAACUGGAUUAUAGACAACAUCAUUAGUGCAAUGGAACGAAGCCGGCGGACCAUCUUCGUCCUCUCUGAGAAUUUCGUCCAGUCUGACUGGUGCCGCUAUGAGCUGGACUUCUCCCACUUCUGGUUUUUUGAUGGGAAUGCUAGCAGAGAGACAGUGAUCUUGAUCUUGCUGGAGCCGCUGUCCAAAGAUGACAUCCCUAAACGCUUCUGCAAACUACGCAAACUCAUGAGCUCCACCACCUACCUGGAGUGGCCUCAGGAGGAGGAGAGGGUUGGGGAGUUCUGGGAGAGUCUUCGUAGGGCUUUGAGAGUGGAAGAAGAGGACGAUGAAUAAGAAUGAAGGCAACUAGGUUGUUUUUACCUGCCUGGCAUCACCACUGCACGCACUUCUGAGCAUUAUUUGAGU